AUGAGACUAAACGACACUUCUGGCGAUGAUCUGGCGGGUUUACUUUCGAAAUAUGUUCAUUCGUAUGCAGAUUUAGAUGAAUCGUCUUCGUUAGUGUUGCUGAAAUUUGAUGGAACAGAGAACACCUACGAUGAUCAUGUGCAUAACUUAACGAGUAAAUUGCUAGCGCAUUUUUUGAAUAGUGCACGAACAGGUUCUGCACAUCGGCAUGUAGGAAUUUCUCCAAAAGCUUUUCUAUCGAGUGUAUUGCUGGCUUUGAUAGUUUGGAUAUUUCAAUUGUUUGCUUUUACGCUUUUGAGGAGAAAAAUGCCCAGGAUAUAUCACAUUGGAAGAUACCUAGAAGAGCUUUUAAGUGAAAAACCUCUGAAAAGACAACCACCCUAUUUUGAGUGGAUCACAUGCACUUGGAAAAUGCCUUUGAGCCAUUUCAAAGAUUCUGCAGGUUUAGAUGUGUUUUUUUUCCUUCGAUUUCUGAAAGUACUGGCGGUGUUUUUCUUUUCAAUAGCGAUUGUUAACAACCCGAUAUUGAUACCUGUGCAUUGGAGUUCAGGUCCCAACGAAAUGACUGCGCAAACAAUCAAGCCUGAAUUUUUUUCGAAUUUUACUAGGCAAGACGCAAAUUUUACCACAUUUAAAGAUGCACGAGCCUUGCCUCCAAGUCAUGGGUUAGACAAGCUCUCGAUGUCAAACAUAGCUCCUCAGCACUCUAAAAGAUUAAUUCUUCACUUUGUGCUUAGUAUCUUUGUUAUCAUUUGGUUUCACAUUAUGCUUCUUUCCGAGUUGGAAUUCUAUGUCCGGCAGAAAAACGUAACCUGGAGUAAGCGCACUUCCCCGUCCGUUCGAUUCCAUGAAGUUCUUUACGUUGAAAACGUUCCCGCUGCUUGGAUCGAAGAUCACUCCAAUCUAUUUAAUUAUUUCCACGGAAUAGUACCGGAUUGCAUUGACCAUAUAUGUUUCGUUCCGCGAGUCGUUCAAAAGUGUAAACGCUAUGAGGCCAAAGUGCAAAAAAUUCUGAACAAAGUCGAAUCAUUACUUGCAGCAGCCGAGGCUGAGGUGGCUAUAUCAGAGGGCGAUCCCCAAAAGCGCAUAGCAAACUCACGGGACCCUGCCUCACUACCCGAAGCUGCCCCCUUCCAGCACAGAACACCCUCCACGCUGCAUUCUCCGAGAGCGCAGAGAACUACCAGCUUUUCUCGUGAACCCGAAGAUCAAAAGCAGUUGGAGUUUGCCUUGUCGGUACAAAGAUUUGGAAAACGGUGCAGGCACAUCUACCGCAUCAAAAACAUUACAGCGACAACCAAAUCCUUGAAGUUUAGAUGCUUGAGGAAAGAGGUCAAAGUGAACCUCUUCAAAAAUCAUGUCAUCGCGCUGACGUUACUGUGGCCAAUCUUGUACUUGAGCUCGAGAAAGUAUUGCUAUUUGCUCAAUAAGCAAAUCGACACCUUGCUCAAAAAUUAUAGAAAAACCUGUUCGGACUGGGAUCGCCUUGAAAUCACCAAUUGCUUUCGCCCGCAUACUUACGGAACUUUGCGUUCAAAUGAGGACAUCCGUAAUAUCGGAUCCCAACGAAUCCCUCAGAGCUCAAAAACAAUAUACGGAAAAGUCUUCAUUCAAUUCAAGGAAUGCAACACAGCUAACCUUUUCAGCGAAAUACUUCUUCCGGAAAAGGCGCCACGAGUAACUGACAAGAUAUUAGGUAUUAACCCUCAGGACAUUCUGUGGCGCAAUUUAACUUGUUCGAAUUGGUUUUGGGUUUUUUUCCGGGUCUGUAUAUCUAACGCUAUUUCAGUCAUUAUCACUGUUGGAUGGGCUAUACCAAUAGCAUUUGUUGGUCUCGUUUCACAGAUCCAAUACGCUGUAGCGUUGGUACCCCAUCUCAACUGGCUGAACCCAGAAAAUUCCAUUAUAUCUGCAGCGACAUCGAACCUUUUACCAAUUCUGACUUUGAUAUUUUUGACUGAAUUUGCUCCAUGGAUUUUCAGACAGUUGAGUGUUCUCAAGGGCAGGAGAACGGGAGCAGAGAUUGAAAGGGAUAUUGAACAAUGGCUAUUCGUAUUCUUUUUCAUCCACAUUUUCCUCGUCGUGACAAUAUCUUCAGGUGUGCCCAUUAUGAUUGAAAAGAUACUAUACGAUCCUUCUGGUAUUCCAAAGCUUCUUGCAAGCAAUUUGCCCAAGAGCGCCAAUUUUUUCUAUUCCUUCAUUCUCAUCAGAGGCCUGGCAAACUCAGGAGGGAAUCUGCUCAAGAUUAGCGAGUUGAUUUCGGAUGCUGUUUAUUAUCGUUUUAACGACGACACACCCAGAAAGCAGCGUGAAAGGGCUCUUAAGCUCACGGUUUUCAAUACAGCCUCAAGAUUUUCGUUAUUUUCCACAUUAGCAAGUGUUACAAUCGUUUACAGUGUGAUUGCGCCGCUGAUUUUGCCUCUGGCGUGCGCGACGUUUGCUUUGCUUUUUUUUUCGUUCAAAUGCUCCCUUGAAGGCAUGGGAUUCUGUUUAAACGCUUCCGAUACAAUGGGAAUGCUUUAUCCCCAAGCCUUGUUGCAGCUCUAUGCUGGCAUCUACUGCUUAGAAAUUUGCUUGGUAGGCCUAUUUGCUCUAUCUGCCGAAUAUCGUUUAUCCGUUGGAAUGCUUGUCAUGCUACUGUGUACUGCGAUAGCCCACGUCCACAUCCUAACGAUCUAUAACAAAAGGAUACAACACAUGCCAAUCCAGCCAUUCAAAUCCGGCGAGAAAAAUGAAACAGAUAUCUUCAAGACUCCACGGUUUUGGAGAUUAGACUGGACACAAAUGAACUUGGAUAGUACCGUUGAAGGUUUAGUCUAA